CUUGUGGAGUGGUUUGACCCUGUGAAGGAGUGCUUCCUGUCAGCUUUGGCUGGACGUACAGACAGAAGGUUGGAUUUACUGUGUAUCUUCGCCAACAUGCUUCCAAAGCUCUGCACUGUACGGAGUCUAUUAUGGACUGGUUGCCCGUCGGUGUUAAAACUCUGUGGACACACCCCAGCGCUCAGCCAGGUGUCUCUAUUCCACAGUCAAACUCCUCAGCUUAACUCCAACAGGACAUCAGUGGUGGCCUGUGGUAGGCAGAAAUAUGAGAGACUGUACCCUGUGAUGCUGGUCCAGCCUGAUGGAUCCACUGUCAACAUCAGAUACAAAGAACCAAGACGCAUCCUCAUGAUGCCAGUCAACCUGUCAACUCUGUCUGAAGAUGAACGUCGAGCUCGCCAGAAAAAGAGAGAAGUGAAGAAAAAAGUAAAACAGACAGCUGUCCACUAUGACGAUGACUUCAAAGCUGACAGAUACACACAGUUUUGGAAGAAGAAAUAAUGUUUUUAUAUGUGACACAAACCAUGUAAGUUCCAGCAACCAUUAAAUCAUUGUCACUGUAAACUUCCUCUUGUCCUUUAAAGGUAUGUUUAAAUUAAAUAAUUUCUGUUUUUGUUUUACAAAACUUUAAAUGUGGGACAAUUAAAAGCCAGAACAAUGAAACUUUAUUGUCAACUGAACACCAUGAGAGGAAACUCUUCCACAGACUUAAAGCCUCCCUUGUUUUUUAAUUUUCAAUAAUAAACUGAUAUGUUCCUGUUUGAGCGGAAAUCUGUAACAAUGUCAGGUUAAUAAAGAGCCUCAUUGCAAAGGUA